AUGGAAGACAAGAUCUCUCGAGAGCCCAGGGAUCUGGGCAGAGCUCUGUGCAUCAUCACAGGAGCGUCUAAAGGCUUCGGCCGGACACUAGCGUUGCAGCUCAGCUGCCUGCUGAAGCCCAGAUCCGUCCUGAUGCUGGUCGCUCGAACCACAGAGCAGCUCAACCAGCUGAAGGAGGACAUCAUAACCCUGUACGGCGGACAGAACCAGCUGGACGUCUGCUGCGUGCAAGCCGAUCUGGAGAAGAAGGAAGGCGUGGAAAAAACGGUUCAGGCAGCUAAAGAGACUUCAGUGUCAGAAAUGGACCACUUGCUCCUGAUCAAUAACGCAGGUCCUCUGGACACAGACAUGCAGUUGCAGGCGCGCCUGUCCUCCGGAGAUCUGCAGCUGCGGCGCUCCUUCUCCUUGAUGUUCUCCGAGGGCCAGCUGCUCUCCUGCGAGGAGUCCGGAGCCAAACUCAUGAAGCUCCUGCUGGACAACGACUAUCAGUCCGGCGCGCAUCUGGACUUCUAUGAGCUCUGA